CUGGGAGCUAAUUUCCGAACGCAUGGUUUGUUGCGGUGGAAUUUUCAAACGUGUUUUAUAACCUAAACGAUGACUGAUAACAACGCCGAUGGAUAUGGUCGAUUUACAAAAUGAGCAGUAUUAAUACGAUAACGUCGGUCCACAUAAAAAAAUUAGGCCAUUCACUCGAUGAAAUCCGCCUGAGAGCACUCGACAGUAUCAUUUCAAAAUUUGAUCUUGGUUUCGGUUGCGAUUGUGAAGCGGUCAAGAAGGAGCUUAUUCUCAAACUAUUCAAUUGGUUCACGUUUCCAAACGUCCCACAGCCAGAAAAAGUUUUGGAUUUACUACUACGAUUAAUUCAGGAAAAUGGAGAAAAUUAUACAAACGCCUUCGGCAGACUCAGAUUUCAAAAUGAAAUACGUGAAUUACGAGCCCAUCUCGAUCCGGCACUUCACAAUAAAUUGUAUCAAAUUGAGGCUGUUGCUACAGAUACAAAUAAUUCUCAACGGUCUGCCAAUAUGGAGGUUCGAACUAUCAAGAGACCAGGUCGGUUUGUUACAUCUUCCACAGAAACUGCAGAUCUCCAGCUUAGAGACAUUGAAGCGAGUAAUAGUGUUUUGCAAUCUUCUACAACAAAAACUGCAUCAUUAAUAAGUACAUCACUAUUUGAUCCGACUCUUCAAUGUGGAGAUGGAACACACAUUGACAAAAAGACGGAUGGUGGUAUAAGAUGGCUAGUUAUGCCCUGGCAGCCUCUGGUUACUUCGGACAGAGGUGUGCUAGCUGCUAUUGAAGAAGCACUGCACAAUGUAACUGAUACAACUCUAAUACUACAUACGUGUCAAUUCAUCACAAACGUUAUGUUGCAAGAUUUUCCAGCAGAGGUUUUUUUGCAACGGCCAGCUAUUGUCACGGUUUUACAUAAUCUUAUUACAGCAAACGAGGAUUAUGAGGAAGGUAAUUUUUCAGAGAUGGCUACGGCGUUGCUGAAAACUUUGUACAAGUUGACACGUUCUUUAAGAUUUCGUGUUUACUAUUAUUGUGAUCCUUGUGUCGCCAAUAAAAAACAAAAGCUGCUGGCAGAAAAUGUGGAAAGUGCGACCUACCCUUCAUCCGAGGAAAGAGACAGUCCAGAUCCUGGACUUCCAGAAGUGAAUUAUCAAGCAUAUCAAUCCACGGGUACAAGCGAACGAAGUCAAAGUAUUGUAGAUAACAUAGAAGACACUGAUUUACAAUCACAGCAAAUGACGAUACCAACUUAUUGCAUACAGACACUAAAGAAUAUUUUGUUACUUUUGGGUCUUCCAAUCGAUCCUGCAUUUCCAUUGACAAAUGUUAUGCAUGUAACAGAUUUGGCUUCUGAGCUUAUUCGGCUAUUAAAUAUAAGCCUUUUGCCCAACAUUUGGCUCUGUGGCGACAGCGAAUCUUUGAAAGUGAACGAAAGCUUAAAGACCUUGUUAAAUCUGCUCGGCGAGAUAAUUGAAUAUCUAGCAUCAUAUUCCAGUCUGGAUCACUGCAGAGUAACGUAUUUGCAGCUUGUAUGCAUUACGACAAAACUGCUUAGUAAUCUUGUUCCACUAGAAUUAGCAGACUUGAUACUUGCCAAACCAUUGAAGCAUGCAAUUGUCACUGCUGUUAUGGAUGCACCAACGUACUUAAUGUAUCCAGAUAUGCACACAAUUUUACAAGAAUAUGCAAGACAAUUUCAUGGUAAAGAAGAGCGCGAGAGUAUGAAAUUGUUUGACGAAACAUGUCUAAUAACGAAAUCGAUGGAGGCUGCUAUUUCGUUGAUGAAAAAUAGUAAUGAACUACCCAUGCCAGUUGCUCUAAAAAAGAUUUAUGCCUCAAAAUUAUGCUUUUCGUAUCAUAAAAACUUCAAUAUAAUUAAACAGGCAGUUUCAAUUUUACAAAAUCUCGAGGAGUGCCGCAUAGAUCCUAACGAUAAGACAUUAGCUACAAAACUGGUACUAAAUUUAUUGGCGAAUAACGAUGUGGAUGUACAACUGGCAAUGUAUGUAGAAUGUCAUAAACUAGUGGUAGCGAUUUUAGGAGUCACUUUCACUAAAGGAAAACAUUCGUGGAGUAAAAUAUCGUUUCUUCUGGAACCAAGUGUCUUGGUGGAAAUUAUUUGUCAUGGACUGGGCAAUGAAAAUCUGGAGCUAAGAAACUUGGCUGAAGAAAUUAUAGUAUAUUUACUCAAAGCAAAAAUUCAAUUUGGAGAAGAAGGGUGGCGUACUUUCUUAGAAGUCCUUUCGCCAGCUCAUGCCCUUUUGCAAUGUUUUGCUAGUACUAAGUCAACUUUAGGAUCAUGUGUGUUGAAAAUGUUAGACCCUGAUUUGUGGUCUAGUAUCCAAAUUCCAUAUAUUGAGGUUUUGAAGGGCAACACUAGGCUCUUGUUCGCUAUUAAUUCUGAUGUUAGAGAAGAGGCUGUUUGUCGGCUCAUCUGGCUGUUGGGAAAGGAAACUAAUUCUGUUAGGAAGUUACCCCGGUUAUCUUCCCUUCACGGUCUGCCGCUGAGUUCUGUCUGCAUAAUCGAUAGAAAUUCUUCAAUCAGACAAAGCCAAGGCAAUUAUCAGAAAAGCAGUCUAUUGUCUGUUAUUGAGAUGCUUAAUGCGCCUGGAGUUGACCCAAAAAUGCGGAAAUCAGCAUUAGUACAAAUUAGUGUGAUGCUUACUGAUUCAUCGCUACAUAGUAUUUUUAUCAACGAAAACGGCUUGGAGUUGAUAUUAAAAAUCUUUGAUAGUGCCUUGAUUGAACAGGAGUACACAAAUUAUCCAGAUUCUGUAAUCCCUAUAUUGACGAUACUGAAGUUGAUUUGCUCAAUGGAUAGCUCUACAAGACACGAAUUGGCAGGCCGACCUGCAAUAUAUUUGAAUAUUCUUCGAAGUUUAUUUUUGUUUCCAAAUAACGAUUGCGUGAAAAACAAUGGAUCACAUCUUCUCUGCCUGCUGUUGUACAGCGAUUACAUUCUUAGAGUUGGGGACAAAGAAACAGAUAGACCAAAUCCUAUAAAUGUAUCUCUUCCAUAUAUUGUGGUAGCAAGAAUGAGGUUGCCAUUCACAAGUAAAUGCCAUUGGAAAACCAGUAUCCACAGGUGUCCAGACUUGUCAGUUCUUCACAGCAGCAAUGAAAAGGCAUUGACGUUUGUGAGGCAGUAUUGGGCUUGGGAAUGGAAUGACAAGUUCGAUACAUUGUGGAAAUCUAUCCAUACAAUAAACAACACUCAGAUAUCAGAAAGACUAAUGAUCCACGAAUCUGAAUUCACUUGUCUCCAACUGAGUUCGGUACGUUACUGUUGUCAACAACAACUGUAUAACAUACAGAAUUCAACUACCCAUGGCGGAGUAAUAUGUGCACUUGAUUUCCUUACUGUGUAUCUGAAGUUGUAUGAUAUGUCAAAGUGUACCGAAUUAUCUGACGUUACUUCUCUGCCUUGGGAACAAUCGUUUGAACGGUUUUUAUUAUCAUAUCCCACGAACUCAGAAGAUUCCAAACUAUUCGUUCAUGUUCUAUCGUUUCUCUACUCGUUUGUGAACAUUACAAAAAGUGGCAGCAAUGCUUGGCUCUGUAAGAUUAUGAAAAACAUGACAAAAUCUCUGUCCGAUUUACUUCGAAAUCUUGAUACAAACACCCAGGAUGCACAUCAGGCCAUACUUAAGCUGGCUCGAGCAUGUUCAGCAACUGAGUCGACAGAUGAAACUCAUGAAAAAUCGAAAGAUGAAUCGUGGAUUAAUUUCAUUGAGCUUGUUGUUUCCAAUCUUUGUUUUGGUGAUCAGCAGCACUUCUAUAAUCUAGCAUAUCUCGACUGGCUCCUCUCCUGCCUUUCUUACUUGACGGGAAAAUGUCAGUGGAACAAACAUAAGAACUUGUUAAUUUCACUUGGCAAUGCAUUGAUCGAACUGAUCAUAUCAUUUCAUGGAGCAGGAACUUAUAGUUACAUGGGACUUUCAAUAACGAGGAACUCAAUUCUGUGCUUGAAUCAUUUACUGUAUCAGAUGCAACAAACUGUUGAUAAAAACACAUGGGCAACAUUUUGGUACAACGGGGGAAGUUGUCUCAGUUGGUUGCCAAUGCUUUGGCAGAAUCGAGAUCCUCUAGUUAGAGCAUCGGCACUCCAGUUACUUGCAGGAUUGACUGCUGCGCAACAUACAGCUGUACAACUUUUAAACGCCGUUGCAUUAGCUCCGAAUGAAUUGUGCCAUGCACUGCUUGAUCACAUUACGAACAGAAUGGAAUCUUGUAUAGUGAGAGAACAAGCGGCUGUAGCUUUGAGCAAUGUUCUACGGAAUUGCAAAUCAUCGGCAUAUCAAUAUGCAGAUUCACUAAAGUCUGAAGCUAUUUUAAUAUUUGCUGAACAGAGCAAUAUUUAUUACGAGAUCAGUCUAAUAUGCUCUAACAUUUAUUUGCUAUCAACACUGGAUCCAGAUCCAUCUAGUACUGUUAGUGAAGAAGUUAUGUUGUGGCAAUCCGAACAUAGUGGCACGUUUGAUAAUACGUUGUUAUCACGGAAACAUGUCACCCAGGUUUAUAAUUGUCACGAGGAAUAUAACUUGCUGUCAGGCAAGGACUCCGAAAUUACAGAGGAAGACAACACUCUCCAAUUUGUAUCCACUCCGUCUCUAAUCACAGCGAUUUGUACAUUACUCACUGAUUUAAUACAUGCUGAUGAGCAUAAUAUCAUUCGGCAACUCUAUGAACAUUCGAUAGAUAAAUAUUUUUUUGGAUGUUUCAAAGGUAUUCCACAGAAUAUUGAAUCUAGGAAAGGUCUAGUGCAUUACUGUGAUGUCAUUGAAAUGUAUACUGGCUUAUGUACGGUAAUCACAAAGUGUGUGACACACAACAGCAAGCUUACGACUACAGUAAACUUUUCUCCCGACUCACUUUAUCUGGUCAUAAGUCUUUUAAAUCAUACUUUAUAUUAUACACAGACGCCAAGAUUAGUUUACUUACGUAAUCAACUUUGGACAGAAAUUUAUAAGUUGUUAGCUGUUCUCGCUAUUUCGGAGAAUCAAUGCUCGGAGGCUGUGCAAUCUGCAAUCGAAUUAUGUGGACCAGAACUAGUGGUGUCUUCGAUGUGCAUUGCCAUUAAAAAUUCUACUUCUGAGCUUCAAAUGAGUGCAAUUGGUUCACUCGCAUCUCUCCUGUCAUAUGAAGUUCAGAGUGAUGUGCCAUUGAGAAAGGAUGCUUCGUUGAAAGUUAUACUAGAUACAAGUCACACUACAGUUUCCGAUAGGCGUAAACAAGUAAGCUUGAGGGAUAUUGUGUCAGAUGUAAAUAAACUGUCGAUAAAAAACGUGAACAUGCAUCUGAAGAAAUUGGAUGAUGGUGAUCUAAAUGGGGAAAAUAUUUGCAACAAAACUGAAAGGAUAACUGCAGAUGGAAAAUUAGCUCUGAUUGGUUCGGAAAUUUGUAAGACAUUGUUGCAACUCUAUGUUGCACACAGUUACACUAGAUUGAAAAAAAAUCGUAAACCAACGGACGACAAGGAUCUCAUAAUUGGAGCUUUUACAAACUUACUAUGCGUAUCCAUAGAAGCUAAGAAAACUGCACUCGAGGAGGGAUUACCUGAAACUACAAUGAUGCAGCUAAAAGAGUUAUACGUUAAACUCAAUUUACAACCGUUGGAACUUCAGAAGAAUGGCUUUGACAGAGAAAAUAAAAUGAAUCCUUUACUUCACGAGGUAGGGUGUAUUUUUACGCUACUCAUGAAUUUUAUGUACAACGGUCUCCAAAUGAAAAAAACCAUGGCGAAAGCUGGAUUAGCGGACAUCUUGCAUAAAUUGUGGGCUUGGGUUUCGAUGAAUAAAUCCGUAACAAUUUCUGCACUGAAAUUACUCGCAACGUUUACAACUCAUUGCCAAGAAGCUACACAGUCUCUGACAUUAACAUCGACACUACCUGGAGUUGGACUCAGAAAAACGCCAAACACUGUUGCUUUGAUUCAUGUUAUGAUACACUUGGCUGCGAAAGAAAUUGAGAAAGCUGGUCAUCACUUUGACAAUCACAAACUCCAUUUUGCUUUUCAUAUUUUACGGAAUGCUACUCAUAUCCAUGAGUGCAGAGUCUCAAUUUCGAAGAGUAAUCUGCUGCAGUUUUUCUCUAAAAUUCACCCAAUGACAACAAAAAGAGUCAAACCAUGGCCUCUGGUGGAAAUAUACUGCUUAGAGUUUUUGAUCGACUUUACAUAUCACGAAGAAGGACAGAUAUCUGUAUCAAAAGCUACGGAUGGUUUGGAUGUUCUGAUCCAAUUAGCUAAGUGCUCAUCAUCGUCAAUUAGAAUUUUGGCUAUAUCAAUACUACGGAAUUUGGGAUUCAACAUGGCAAAUAGGCCAAGGCUUCUGAGUUCAGUUGAUUUCAUCAACUUGCUGCAUAAUAUAUUUAGCAAAGGAUCAUUGGCUGAAAUUGGAGUAGCAGGUGCUAUGCUUUGGUCUCUUGUCAGCAACAAUCAAAAGGGUAAACUAAUUGCUAGAAAUGCUGGUUUUCUUCAAAGCAUCCAAGAAGUACUGGGUCGAUUGACACUCUCUGUUCCACAUGCCGAACAAGAGCAAGAAUUAGUAAAGAUGUUGCAAUACCUGAUACGCAUUUUGUCAACUUCUGAAAAUCCAAACCAUGGAAAUUAAUUUCUACAAAGGUAAGAAUUUUAUAUUGACUCAAUAUUCAAUUAAUUUGUAAAUAUGAUUCGAAUCCAGUUAAUCUCUUGCAGAAUAAUCGAAUUAGUUAACCUUAUAAUUAAUUAUAACACUGUAAUUUUAACUUAUUUGAUAGACUGACUAUUUAAAUAAGAUUUUUUAUAAGCAUAUUUACACAAAGCUUAUAAAUUUUAUACACAGAUAUCCUGGCUUUAAUUCACAAUUUGUAAUAUUAAACAGAAAGUGUGUCGUUGAUUCGUUAAAAUUUUGUAAGUUCGUCAACCGUUUAUGCCGCCAUUUGUGAUUUAAAAAGUUUCACGGAGAAUAUAAUGCUGUUUUAUUUGAGAUUUUUUUAUUGCAAAAGUAAUACACUUACGGGUACAAGGUUAAUCCAGAUCGUUGUAUCUCUAAACAACUUGCCUGCCAACUUGUUGAUUCAAAUAUUGCUCGUUAACUUAAUGAGGAGGAAAAGCUGGUCUUUGCUCUUUUUCUUUUAGACAUUCUGUAUAUAGGCAAAGAUACCAUAUUUAUAUGUACGUUUGUAUAAACAGCUUGUAUAAAACAAAUUUCAGAGCGAAACCACUCAACCAUGUCUCUGAUAAAACUCUUUGUAUUGUUUAUUAGGUAUUAAUGAGUUGUACUUUAUAUACAUAUUUACAUGAAUUAAAAAUCGCGUUGGGAAGAUAUUUUCAAAAAUUCAAGGAAAGUAACAAUUAUUUUACCAUUGAAAAUCACGUUUAAAAUCUUUUGAUCAAGUGCCAUCUGAUUUCUGAUUGUUACCAAUCUGAGAACAUAUUGCUGGUGAAUCUCACUAAUAAGAUUCCACUUUUCUAAAUAGCGAAUUGAUUUUUUUUUCACGUAAAAACACGUCAUUUCGACAAUGGUUUCAAACUAAGGAAAAAUUAAUGAUGUGCACGUAUCUUAUAAGUUUCACCGAAAUUAUGUGUGAAGAUUACUAUUUGCUUAUGAUAAUUAACUGAUGAAUCAGUCUGACGAAUUUUAGGCGGAUGAUUGGUGUAGAAUUCAGCACCUACACACACCCAUAGAAAUAAAAUAAAAACUGUGCUAAUAGUCAACUAGGUUGAAAAAUGUCGGUUACACAGCUGUGUUUUUUUUUCUGAGUUCUGACAUAAUGUAAUCAGUUGUUUUUCACCGAAUCGCGUAAGAACUUGAAUUUUACGUGAAAUCGUGAAAAAUUCGGGGGAUCUUAGAAUUGAUUAAACAGGUUCGUUCCAUAAGCCUUUUGCACACUUUUUAUCAUUCGAUUCUUUCUUUAAUCUGACAGUUACAGUUCUUCACUGUACCUACUUAUAUGUUAAAUGUAUAAUUUAAUCGCCUAUAAACUACUUUUCGAAGCCGUCUUAAGUUUAAGCAAAAACCCUGUCGUCGCUGUUCAGACUCAACGACUCGUAAGUGUUCGCUUCGUUUCCGUUAAACAAUAAGCCAAUCAUUUGUUCGGUACAAAACGAAAUUUACCAUGUUUGCGCAAUCUCUUAAACUAAAUGUAUGGUGGAUGGCAGCAAACUUAUUGUAUAACUCUGUACGUUCAGACAUUCAUAAUUUUAUUAACGAUUUCAAUGACGUAUCUUUUUUUUGCAAGUUUAAAAAUGUUUUCUUUUUCACUUUCUUUACCUUUCACCGUGGUCAUAUACAUAAUUCCUGAUGUACACGUUGCGUUAUAACAAUUACGCAACAGCCUAAUUAUCAACGAAAGUCCAAAACGCUUCUUCAUUUUGCGCCGAUCUUUCUUACCCUGCUGAUUUCAAUCUCUAUAUUUGAAGUUUCGUGAUGCAAAUGCUUAACACAAACGUACAGAACGUUCUUACGCUGCUCCAGCAAUGAUAUAACGCGGUUCAAGAAACAACCAAUCUCCUCGGACAAUCCGAUACGAGAUAUUACAAUAACCAUCUUAUUUUCAGCCGGUGUUGAACUAACCCAAGUUUUCAUUGUAUAUAUGGGAAGAUGCAAACUCUAGUGAUUUCAAAUUUAGCGAGGAAUUCGGGAAUCCGACGCGGAGAUUCGUUAUUAGAUCAUUAUUUGUAUAUUUGAAUUUAUGGAGAACGAUAAGGUAUCGUGAAAUUAAACACGUAAACAAACUCGCCCGGUAAUUGUCAAAAUCCUGAAUGAGAGGACUACUAUUUCAUUCUUCAUAAUUUUCGGACCUUGUUCAACUCGAUUUAUUAUGCAACCGGGGGUUUUGUGCUUCUUUCACAACCGCGUUAGUAGCAGCUACCCACGUCAAAGACUCGCCCGUCCUAAUCAGUUGAAUAAAUUUAAGCAGGAUACAGUAGUGAUAAGCGAUUAUAUUAUCACAGCAGCAACGACGUGAAUAUCUCAGCUAAAUUAUUGAUUUUGGCUGUUCAGAUUAUUACGAAAUAAAAGAAUAAAAUCCGUGACGUGAGAAUAUUCGAAAAUUUAAGACCUUUUUCCAUCAUUUUCUGUUUCUGCUGUUGCUUACUUUUAUUUCGACGGAUAAUUUUUUGUUUUAAACAAGAAAUCUCUAUCUUUCCACAUAUCAUUUCAUACGCUUAUAAACGUAGGACAAAACAAACAAACAUCCGCAUAAGAAGGUGUGUAAAAAAAAAAACAUACAAAUCGUUUUCAUAAGUGUUUACGCCAGUCUCUUUUCGGAGCGAACAAAACUAACGAUUAAACAAUUUGAAAUCAUGUUUUAUUCGAUGGUAUACUCUGUAGUAUUAUUCGGAAUUAUAAUCUGUAAAAAGCAUAUGAUAAAUUAUCGUACAUGUAUCGUGUGUGUAAAGUAAUCGUUUACUGUUGGACUCCAUAAUCGAUGCGAAAAGAACUUUCACCGACUUGAUCAUCGGCGUUACAAAGUUUCUUAAUUAUACAACGUAAAAGACUGUCGAAGCUGCUCGCACGUCACGAUCCCCGUGUUUUCAAUUAAAUUCAUAUUAAGUUUUUUAUUUUUUAUUCUUCUAUUUUCGAUCCUUGUAAUGUCAUAUCACCUCCGCAUUCGAGCAUAAAAUAAAUUGUCCCUGUUCUCUUUUUUCCGUAGCUAGUUUUCAUUCUUGCGUAGCUUUCAGUUAAUCAAUCGAAUAUGAGGAAAAUAACUCACUUGUCAUGUCAGUGAACAUUUUUUUCUAUCCAAUCACGAGGAAAAAAUAGGAUUUGGAAAACCGUCGAGCCGAGCGAUACGAUUUCAUACGGCCAACUACGCGUGCCGGAAAAUAAAUACCGAACUAAUUGGGGCCGGGAACCAUUCGGAUAACCGAACAAUAUGCAAAGAAAACGUUGAUUUGUUCAAUGCUGAUACAUACGAAUGUAUUUCAAACAAAUGAACUAUCUUCUUAUUCGAUACAUAGUACUUUUGGUUAACAUUUAUAAUACUUACGUAAUAGAAUAUAUAGUGUAUAAAAUAUAUGUAUUGAGAAACAAGUGUCUAUACUAAUAUUAAUAUUUUAUAAGUGGCAGGUCUAUGUACAUAUUUGGUUUAAUCCUUUGGAAAAAAGUCCACAAUUUUCUUCCGUUUUACAACGAAAGUUCAGCCUGUAAUUCGAAAAAUCAGGAACUAAAUAAUCUUUCGGAUGAUUGACGAUUCGGAUAAAUCAAAUCACCAUUCGGAUAACUGACGUUCGGAUAAUCGACGCUCUAUUGUAUUACAUGCGUGCACUAAUAAUAUUGAGUUGGAUUAUUUCGAUAUUGCGCGUUAUUUAGUGAUGCCUAGUUGCAUCUAAUCAAACAAAAGGAUCCG